AUGGACAGUCCAACGGACAAAGAAGUGAAGGAGAACAAGUUGAAGAAAGUCUCUACGACCGAGUCGUACACAUUUCAGAACCAGAAGGGUUGGCGAAGAUGGCGCAUCUUACGACCAGGUCGCGGCAUGUACCACGAUGUCAAGCGCCGACUGCCAUACUAUUGGAGCGAUAUCACGGAUGCCUUCACGUAUCGAGUUUUCGCCAGCACAGUCCGCAUGUACUUCAUCAACGUUCUGCCCGCCAUCGCAUUCACACUGGACAUGUACCGCCGUACUGGCGAGUUCUUCGGCAUCAAUGAGGCCCUGCUCGCAUCCGCGUUAGCUGCUAUGGUCUUCAGUCUUCUCUCCUGCCAACCUCUCACCAUUGUCGGUGUUACCGGUCUGAUCGCUCUUUUCAACUACACGAUAUACGACAUAAUCGAAAUGUACGACCCCUCCAUCUACCCAGCUUUCACAGCAUGGGUCGGCAUCUGGGCAGCGAUCUUCCAUUGGAUCGUCAGUUUUGGAAACUACUGCGAUUACAUGGCUUAUGUUACGGACUUCUCUAGCGAGUCGUUCGGUAUGUACGUAGGCAUUAUCUACUGCGUCAAGGGAGUUGAAGAGCUUGUCUACCUGUUCGAAGUCUCCGGUUUCGAAGGCGGUUAUCUGUCUAUCGUGAUCGCCAUGCUCUUUUUCGGCUCCGUCUACGGACUCGAGAAGAUUGGUAGUAGCACCGUCUGGAAGCCGUGGAUUCGCGGUGUCCUUGCUGACUACUCAUUCGUGUUCCCAACUCUGUUCUGGGUUGGUUUCUCGCACUUCCCUGGGCGUCUGGGUAAGACCGAGCAGUAUCGUGUGCCAACUGUCGGCGCGUUCCAGCCUACUCAGCCUCGAAAUUGGGUCAUCGAGUUCUGGACGCUUGAUGUCAAAUGGGUCUUUGUGGCCGUACCGUUCGGCUUUCUGAUGAUGCUACUAUUUUACUAUGAUCACAACGUGUCUUCUCUGACAGCGCAGGCGCGACAGUACCCCCUCAAGAAGCCCGCGGGUUUCCAUUGGGACUUCUUCCUCCUUGGAUGCACUUGCUUCGUCUCCGGCAUUAUCGGUCUGCCUCUCCCGAACGGCCUCGUCCCUCAAGCGCCCGUACACACAGAUUCCCUGACAGUAUACGAAACACGUCUUGAAGUCGUAGAGACUGUAGACGGUGAUGAGAUCCGCAAGCCCCAGGUCGAGGCUACAGCUGUUGUUGAGCAACGCGUCAGUCACUUCCUGAUGGGCAUGGCGAUCUGGGGCACUAUGACAGGACCUCUCCUGACUGUUUUGAGCACAAUGCCCGCGGCUGUAUUCGCAGGCGUGUUCUUCGUUGUUGGCUGGGGAUCUAUCGAGAGUAACGGUAUCCUGGCAAAGCUUGGGUACCUCAAUGCGGAAAAGCGCUUCAUCGAUCCUAAGAACCCGCUCAAUGCCGUCCCGCGCAGGAAGAUCUGGCAGUACAUCGGUCUACAGGCCUUCGGUGUCGCCUGCAGUGUUGCUAUCUCGCAGACGAUUGCCGCUAUUGGGUUCCCAGUCCUUAUCAUCGCCCUCAUCCCGCUUCGAACAUUCCUAAUGCCCAAGUGGUUCACGGAGCAUGAACUCAUGGCGCUUGAUGCACUCACAGCGAACAACCCAGCGGUGCUUGUCAGCUUUGGCGGAACACCUGCGAAGAUGAAGGGCCUGGAGAUGGAUUUCAACGAGACAUUGAGGGCAACCGGUGAUGUAGAGCAGGGUGACGGAUAUGAUCUGAGUCGUGCCAGGUCAAGGGGCAGUCGAAGUCGCAGCGUAGUUCGCCAGCAUGCUGGAAGUAUCACAAGAUAG